AUGGGUAAACCAUUGGCCACUUGUGCAAAAGUCUUGAAAGACUACCACAUGCUUGUUGUCGCUUUCAGUCACCAGAGGAAUAGGGUGAAGUGGUGGCUUACCUUAGUACAAAUAGGCAUUGUUGUGUAUAGCAAGCUACAUGAACUUAUUCCUGCUGUGAUCACCUGCACAAUUAACAAACAGCUGUGUACUCCAACACAAGUGGCAAGCCAGUGGGGACUAAGGGAGCAAGCUGCAAAGAUUUUGGGACAAAUUUGCAGAACAUUUAAUAACAUGACCAACAACAUCCAGUGUCGUGUUACUCGCAUGGUGUGGGAAGUUUUAAUGGAUGAAAAGUCUGUUCUUCCUCAACACUAUGGAGCCAUAGCGUUUCUUUGUGAUGUAGGAGUUGACGUUUGUAGAGUGCUGUUGCUACCAUACUUGAAGUCUGAAGCAGAAUUACUUCAGAAAGCAGCUAGUCAACCAGCAGGAACUGCAGAAAGACAAGCUGGUGACAAAUUGCAAACACUCAUCUUACGUUACCUCCCACCUAUUCUUCUGUUAGCACGGUCACCUCCGGACAAUAUGGAUGAAUAUAAGGAUGACUAUGGAUUGUUAGGGUCAGCACUAUGUGAACGUGUAUUUCAACUACGAACGCAACAGCAGCAGACACAGAAGCAGAGAGAGAGGCAACAGAAGGUGCAACCUGUCAAUUGGACAAUGCCCCUACUUGACCAAGUGAAGCAGCUGAAACAGAAGCAAGAGCAACAACCCCACCGAGUUUCUGAUCAAGGACAGACAGAGCAAACUAAACUACAGACCCAGCCAAUAACAGCUUCUAGUAUUGGACUAACUGCCCAGCAGAAAACACAAACAGCUACGAACACAGCCAUUGUUACUCCUCCCACCACGCUGUCAACAAUCAACUUAUCAGAUCUGAGCUAGACUUAGUAUAAUAAAUACGUACAAUACAAAUUUGUUUGAUCAGCA